GAUCCAGACGACGCAGGAAGAGAGAGAGAGAGAGAGAGAGAGAGAAGGAAAAUGAACCCAGACGAUGUGGCAAAGGCGUUCGUGGAGCACUACUACUCAACGUUCGAUUCGAACCGAGCGGCGCUGGCGAACCUGUACCAGGAUGGGUCCAUGCUGACCUUCGAGGGCCAGAAAAUCCAGGGCGCGCAGAACAUUGUAGCCAAGCUCACCAGCCUCCCCUUCCAGCAGUGUAAGCAUGCCAUCACCACCGUAGACUGUCAGCCCUCCGGCCCUGCUGGCGGCAUGCUCGUCUUCGUCAGCGGCCAUCUUCAGCUCGUAGGCGAGCAGCACGCGCUCAAGUUCAGUCAGAUGUUCCACCUGAUACCAACACCACAGGGGAGCUUUUACGUGUUGAAUGACAUUUUUCGCCUGAAUUAUUCAUGAGGAGUGUUAAGACAAUUCAGGAAUUUGACAGAGAACUCUUUUUUUUUUUUUUUUUUUUUUUUUUUUAAUGUUUGAAUUGAACAUCGAAAGUUAAAACCAGAUUUUGUUUUUGUGCUUUUGGAAGGGUUACUCUAACUUUUUCUAUGUUUGGCUGCUUGUUUCUUUAUGUUUGUUCGUUUGAAAGUCUGCUAUCCUUUGAUAUAAAGUAGUCUCCUUGUUUCAAAUCUAUAAGAAUGAGUUGCAACA